UCAUUCUGGCUAGUCAAUGAGACCAGGCUGCAUAUAAACCCAAGCACUCUUGACUGCAUUCAGAGUACGACCAAGUCAUCACCUCGCUAUGGAAUUACUGAGGAAUAUCUCUCAACAGCCGACGAAUAGCAACAGGAUGUACGAGCCCAACCAACCCGGUUCCUGUGAACUGCGGAGAAAGAGAACUGAGGACCACGGUCAUGCACCUGCAGAGAUGUCGAAGAUUAUCACGGAUCCUGCCACCGGGAAAUGUUACUGCCGUGGGAAAGUUCUGGGAAAGGGAGGUUUCGCCAAGUGCUAUGAGAUGACCGACCUGUCCACGAGUAAAGUUUAUGCAGCGAAAAUUAUUCCCCACACGCGCGUCUCCAAACCGCACCAACGGGAAAAGAUUGAUAGGGAAAUCGAGCUACACAGAGUUCUCCACCAUAAACACAUCGUGCACUUUUACCAUCAUUUCGAGGAUAAAGAUAACAUCUACAUCCUCCUGGAAUACUGCAGUAGAAGAUCUUUGGCACAUAUCCUGAAGGCGCGCAAAGUGCUCACAGAGCCUGAAGUGCGAUACUACCUCCGUCAGAUCGUCUCAGGGCUGAAGUACCUGCAUGAACAAGAUAUCCUACACAGAGACCUCAAACUUGGUAACUUCUUUGUGAGUGAGUCGAUGGAGCUGAAGGUGGGAGACUUUGGGCUGGCUGCCAAGCUAGAGCCUGCUGGUAACAGGAGGAAGACCAUCUGUGGGACACCCAACUACCUGUCCCCUGAGGUGCUCAACAAGCAGGGCCACGGCUGUGAAUCAGACGUCUGGGCCCUGGGUUGUGUCAUGUACACCAUGCUCCUGGGCAGACCCCCGUUCGAGACCACCAAUCUGAAGGAGACGUACAGGUGUAUCCGGGAGGCGCGUUACUCCCUGCCCUCCUCCCUGUCGCCCCAGGCCAAACAGCUCAUCUCCAGCCUCCUGGCCAAGGCCCCGGAGGACCGACCUCACCUGGACCACAUACUGCGCCAUGAUUUCUUCUCACAGGGUUUUGUGCCAGAGCGUCUUCCUGCUAGUUGCUGCCACUCCGCUCCAGAGUUCCACAUCUCCAGCCCUGCCAAGAGCUUCUUCAAGAAGGCUGCGGCUGCCCUCUUCGGCGGGAAGAGAGACAAGGUCAAAUACUACGAGACUCUGAAUAAACUCACCAAAGAGGAAGAGGAGAUCUACAAGCUUCGACAUGACCUGAAGAAGACGGUUAUCAGCCAGCAGCAGCAGAGCAAACAGAUGACUGAGGAUGGAAGGCCACCGUCACCAUCUAAUGGGAGGCCUGUCGCCCCGGCAACAGAGGGCCUGCCCCCGACGACGCGAGACACCAUCCGGCUUAUUGUCAGGGGCAGUCUGGGUAGCUGCAGCAGCAGUAGCGAAUGUCUUGAGGACAGCACCACUGGCAGUGUGGCUGAGACAAUCACCAGCGUUCUCAGAGGAUGCCUGGAAAACAUGCCCAAAGCGGAUGACAUCCCCAAAGGGACAGAGUGCAGUAACCUGCAGUGGGUCACUAAGUGGGUGGACUACUCCAACAAGUAUGGCUUUGGCUACCAGCUCUCAGACCACAUAGUGGGCGUUCUGUUCAACAACGGGACACACAUGAGCCUCCUCGCAGACAAGAAGACUGUCCACUACUAUGCUGAGUUGGGUCAGUGCUCUGUGUUCUCCACAUCUGACGUGCCUGAGCACUUUGUAGGUCAGGUGACCGUCCUCAAGUACUUUGCCCACUACAUGGAAGAGAACCUGAUGGAUGGUGGAGACUUGGUGAGCCAGCCAGACACACACAUGCCCAGACUCUACCUGCUGCAGUGGCUCAAGUCUGACCGUGCCCUCAUGAUGCUCUUCAACGACGGCACGUUUCAGGUCAACUUCUACCACGACCACACCAAGAUCAUCCUGUGCACCCAGAGGGAGGAGUACAUGCUGACAUACAUCAACGAGGAGCGUGUGUCCUCCACCUUCAGACUGAGCUCCCUGCUCACCUCCGGCUGCCCCGCAGACCUGCGCCAACGCAUGGAGUACUCACUCAACAUGCUGCUGCAGCGCUGCAACUGAACCAGGUAGCAGCACCACGCGGGGAACCGUUUAUAGAGCCGGACAGUCAUCAACAUGCUACUGCAGCGCUGAAACUGAACCAGGUAGCAGCACCACGCGGGGAACCGUUUAUACAGCCGGACAGUCAUCAACAUGCUACUGCAGCGCUGAAACUGAACCAGGUAGCAGCACCACGCGGGGAACCGUUUAUACAGCCGGACAGUCAUCAACAUGCUACUGCAGCGCUGAAACUGAAUUAGGUAGCAGCGGCAGGUGGUGGGACAGUGAAUGGGGUCGGACCUGUGUAAAGCAAUGGACUACCGAUUGGUAACCUUUGCCAAUCUAUCAGCAGAGGUGCAGCUGAAUCUGGAUGGAGAGGCUCUGGAAAGGACAGUGUAUUGAGCACAAGGACUUUGAACAGAAAAGGGCUGAUGUGUAUGUUGAUAAUCGGAGGAUAAGAUGAUUGGAUGUUAUGUUAUGAUGAGGGGAUGGAGGUACGAAUGUGAAAACCAUCUGUUUUUGAGGAAGAGUGUGGAAGUGAAGAGGACAGUAACACUGGGCUGGACCCACAUAAAACUGUUAUGUUAUUGUUAUUUUUCUAAUGAAAGUAGAACCAUAAGGGCUGAUGGAUGCUUCAAACCUGAUCCUGGGGCCUCCCCUGGGAGCACGUUUUGUUUUUUUGUCCUAGCACUACACAGCUGAUUCAAAUAACCAAUUCAUCAUCAAGCUUUGAUUAUUUGAAUCAGCUGUGUAAUGCUAGGGCAAAAAACAAAGUGGCCCCAGGACUGAGUUUGGGACACCCUACACUAGAGGACUGUAAUGUACACAGCACUUCUGCAGAGGGAGGGGAGGCUGUGUGUGGGGAGAAACACUAGCUAACUUCAAACUGUGAUUCAUUCUCUGUGAGGACAGAUGGACAUGGCUGUUUUACUGUGAAGGAGGGGGAGAAUGAUGUUGAUCAUACAAGAAGAGCCAUUACACUGUUAGACAUUGGAAAAAAAUAACUUAUUGUGUACAAAAGUGAAGUAUUUAAUAAAUAUACAACUUUUUCAAAAAAUA